AUGUUACGCGAAAUAGUCCAAAUUUGGUUGAUUAAGCAAACAAUCAAGUGGCUUUUCAGUCGUGAAGCAUCACUGUCUGAGUCACGCCGACAAAAACUUCUCAAAAAUGGGAACGCAACACAACUGGACCGAAUUGCGAUCGAGUUGCUGGAUACGGAACGUUGUUACGUGAACGAUCUCAAUGAUAUCAUUCAAGGUUAUUUGAAUUUCUUCAUCGACCAUCGCGAAGAGUUCCAAAUGACAGUGGACGAUGUGUCGAACACAUUCGGCUGUAUCGAGCGCAUUUUCAUCUUCAACAGACGCCUUUAUCAUCAACUCGAUGCAGCGCUUCUCAACAUGGCCAAAUGUUUCAUUGACAAUAUGGACGGUUUCAAAGACUACGUUACCUAUUGUACUAACUAUCAAAAAAUGGUUGAUACAUUAUCGGUUCUGAUGAAGAACAACAUGGUGGUUGAGACUCUCGCCUUACGGCAGACCAUCUUGGGACAUUCGUUGCCGUUAAGCGCCUAUCUUCUCAAGCCCGUUCAACGGGUUCUUAAAUACCAUCUCUUUAUGGAGAACAUUCUGAAGCAUGCAAAUGACGCUCGUGAUGUAUCUGAUACGGACCGUGCGUUAAUCUCCGAGGCGUUACACUGCAUGACGAAACAAGCCGAGAAGAUCAACGAGGAGAAGAAACGCGUAGAGCACUGGGAACGAGUGAAGGAACUGCAGAGUGCGUUGCAUCGAUGGUGCAGUGACGACGGCGAGGAUCUGUCCAGAUACGGUGAUCUGAUUCUUGAAGGAACCUUCAAGCUGGCUGGUUCAAAAACAAAUCGACAAUUGUUUCUGUUCGAAGAAAUGUUGAUGAUUGUCAAGGAACGAAAUGGUGCACUCAUAUGCAAAGAUUACAUCAUGUGUUCGAAUAUCAUGCUGAAUGAAUCGAUUUCUGUGGAUCCGUUGGCAUUUCAAGUUCUCUCGUUCGAUAAUCCUAAAGUACAAUACGCCUUCUUGUCGACAAGCAUCGAACAAAAACGCCAGUGGAUGAAAGAACUGAAGCGAAUGAUGUUGGACCAUUAUACUGUUGAGAUACCGGAACGAACCAAACUGUUGAUGUUGAAUAUGGACACUACAAAUCCGAAAUCUUUCGUUAUCAAUCCUGAUCACGGUGAAACUGUUUUAGAUGGGACCGUCUACGGUGGAAAAGGUGUGAAAAAAAUUCCGAAGUAUUUGGAGAAAAGGCGCNUGUUGAUGCAAAUACCACUGUGCGCAGAUCGCAGCGACGUGAUCGUAGCAAUUCAAGGACACGAUCAACAUCUAGAGUUUCUAAAGCGGUUAGUCGUUUGA